AUGGCCGGCAAGACCAAAGAAAUCAGCGAACUGGUGACCCGUGAGUAUACCAUCCACCUUCGCAAGCGGGUUCACGGUGUUCAGUUCAAGAACCGUGCUCCCAAGGCUGUUAAGGCUGUCCGCGAGUUCGCUCACAAGGAGAUGGGCACUUCUGACGUCCGUUUGGAUCCUCUUCUCAACAAGGCUCUCUGGGCCCGUGGUAUCAAGGGUAUUCCUUCCCGCAUCCGUGUCCGCAUUUCUCACAAGCGUAACUACGAGGAGGGUGCCAAGGAGAAGGUUUUCUCCUAUGUCCAGGCUGUUAAUGUCGAUUCUUUCAAGGGCCUUAACACUACCGUCAUUGACGAGUAA